UACUGCACACUGACCCUGCUCUACCUCUCACACCCCUACGAGCUUUUCUGGGACGUUUGCUGAAAAAAAAACCCUCUCAUUCGACGUGCCUGUCUUUUGAAGGGCCUGUUCGUGAUAGUUUUAUCGCCCCAUGACACGUUUCAGACUUGGCUGUGGGAAAGCUACGAGCAAAGAGAGGGACGCUCCGGCUCUGGUGUGUUUGGAUUCAUUCAACCACAACAACAAUGGCAGCGCAUGAUUUCAAUUUCUUACUUGCUACUGAUUCGUACAAGAUCACACACUACAAACAGUAUCCUCCAGAUGUUAGCAAAAUCUAUUCCUACUUUGAGUGUCGGCGGAAGAAAGGCUCCCAGUUCAAUGAAGUCGUCUUUUUCGGUUUGCAGUAUUUGCUGAAGAAAUAUCUUACAGGCCGAAUCGUGACAGAAGAUAAAAUUCAGGAAGCAAAGCUCUUUUACCAGAUGCACUUUAAGCAGACUGUAUUUGAUGAGGAGGGCUGGAGAAAGAUCCUCGAGAAACAUGAUGGGCGUUUACCGAUCCGUAUCAAAGCUGUUCCUGAAGGCAAGAUUAUUCCAAGAGGCAAUGUGCUGUUCACUGUGGAAAAUACAGACCCCAGCUUCUUCUGGCUGACCAAUUAUAUUGAGACUAUGUUAGUCCAAAUGUGGUAUCCCAUCACUGUUGCCACCAUUUCCAGGGAAUUCAAAAAGAUCCUUGCCAAGCACCUCAAAGCUACAUCAGGUAGUUUGGAAGGCCUAAAUGAGAAGCUCCAUGACUUUGGCUACAGAGGGGUCUCUUCACAAGAGUCUGCAGCUCUAGGGGGAGCAGCUCACCUGGUGAACUUCUGUGGCACCGAUACAGUGGCAGGGCUGUUGAUGGCACAACGAUACUAUUCCUGCCCCAUGGCUGGUUUCUCCAUCCCAGCUGCUGAACACAGCACCAUUAUAUCAUGGGGCAGAAGUCGAGAGAAGGACGCUUUUGAGCAGGUAUUGGACCAGUUCAGCUCAGGCCCUGUGUCAGUGGUGAGUGACAGCUAUGACAUCUUCAACGCCUGUAAGCACAUCUGGGGGGACAAGCUGAAGGAGCGAGUGAUGGAGCGCAGCCAGGACUCAUGUCUGGUCAUUCGGCCAGACUCUGGAGACCCCGCUGAAACACUUAUCGAGGUCAUAAAGAUCCUGGAAGAUUGUUUUGGCUGCUCCAAGAACUCUAUGGGUUACAAAGUGCUGCCCUCCUACCUGCGUAUUAUCCAAGGAGAUGGUAUAGACCUCAGCUCUAUUAAUGAGAUUCUUCAGAAGUUGAGUGAAGAGGGCUGGAGUGCUGAGAAUGUUCUGUUUGGAUGUGGAAGUGCUUUGCUUCAGAAGCUCAACAGAGACACACUGAGUUGUGCCUUUAAGUGCAGCUACGUGGAGUCGAACGGCAAAGGCAUGGAUGUGUACAAGCAGCCUGUGACUGAUCCCUCCAAAGGGUCGAAGCGGGGCCGGCUGUCUCUGAGGAGAAACUCUGGUGGCUUUAUUGAGACAGUGGAGAGAGGCGCAGGGAAGCCAGAGGAGGAUCUGCUUGUGACUGUGUUUGAAAAUGGAGUCCUCCUUCGUGAAUAUUCUCUGGACGAGAUUCGAAAGAAUGCUCGACUUAGAGACCUUGACCUAAACACCACCAUGUACAACAGUGAAAAAGAACUGCUGGGGAAACAUAUCCUCAAUGGACUGCACUGAGGCUAACAGCUGUGAGUCUAACUACGCGGCAGGAACAACUCCUUCAGACAGAAUUGGCCAAAUCCCUACUCACUUGUUACCAGAGGAGGCCACAUGAAAAUAUUUUCAAGUAGACUUUGCCACCUGGCAGGACAUCAGUGUUGGGGCUUGUCAACACACAUUCCACCAUGUUAGGCUGUUGGUGGCGACCAAUCAAAUAUAAUAUGCAGACUUGUAUUAUUUCCUCUCACCCAGAAAACAGUUUACCUUAAUAUCCUGUUUGUCUUGCCAAUUUGACAACAUACCAAUUUCAUUUAAGAAUAAGCUGUAAUGUAUCUAACAGCAAAAGGCUGUUUUUAACAUGCAAACAGUAUGUUUUUUAUUAAACAUUUUGUUUAAAGUAUGAUUAUAUAUUUUUCAGACUAUUCAUUCAUAAUUAUUAAUAUAAUCCACUGUGUUUUUAUUACUACUUCACUGCCACAUAAACAACAAAUCAUGGUUAAUGUUUUAGCUUAUUUAGCCACAUGCUUUAAUCAGUUGCCAUUUGAAAAUGUUAUGACCUGGAGCAAGCACAAGAGGAACUGUUUUAUGUUUUCACAAGCCAAGCCACCCUAGCUCACAUUAUAGAACACAUUAUAAAAGAUGACCAUGAAAAUUUACUUUUACCCUAAAUUGCAAAGUCUUGGUCAUUCUAACAUUCAAGAUCUCAUCUGUUAAUUUAAUGUAAUCAUGCUGUUUUACAUUUCACACGUUUUUCAUUAGCAGAUGAAGGUGAUCAUGUUAUGUAGUACUACUUACUAAGAUAAACACCUGAAGUGUCAACAGAGAAAAGAACAAUGUUUUGGUCUCUGACGCCCUCUACUGGACUAGCAGUAGCCAUGCUGGUGCAGCUUAUAAGAGGAAGAUCUUUUAAUCGUGGAAAUUAGAAGCACCACGCAGUGGGUUGUUGUCAUACUUAAGGUACUGAAGGAAAUGAUUAACCAGCAAACCUUCCAAAUAUUGUUCUCUGGAGCAGGCCUCUGUCAAGUUUUGUUUUGGUUUUGUUUUUGCUUAAGCAUUUCAUUUAGCCUAAAAUCAUCGUCAUUGUUCCGUUUGAGGUUCUUUACUGUAUCCUAUUUUCACAACUAUAUUAUGUGUAAUGAAACUAUCAAAGGGCAACGUGUUUCACUAUUAAUUAAAUUAUGGACUUAUUUUUUGCCUUUUUGUGAUU